AUGGACCAAGAUCAAGAGAUUCGGUCGUACGUGCACCUGGUCCAGCUUCCGCGGGCCGACGACGCGUUGCGGAUGCUGAGGCUCGUCGCCUCGGCCGUCAAGCCGAUCAUGCGCAAGCACCGGUGGCGUGUGGGCGAGCUGUCCGAAUUCUAUCCGGACGAGGAGACCCUGAUGGGCUUGAACUACAACCGCGGACAGCGAAUUUGUCUGCGGCUGCGGUUCUUCGGCAACACGACGCUCUUCAUGGGUCUUGACAGGGUCAUGGACACGAUGCUGCACGAGUUGUGCCACAACGUGCACGGCCCGCACAACGACGCCUUUCACGCGCUGUGGGAAACGCUACGCGACGAGCACCUGACAUUGUCCCUGUCCGGCUACAGUGGCGCGUCGUUUCUGUCCGAAGGCCGUCGAUUGGGCGGCAGUGCGUCCGCGAUCCCUGCGCGUGAACGCGGCCGGGUGUUGUCGCGUGGUGGGGGAGGCGGUGUGGUGGCCGUGGCCGGUCGUCGACUCGGAGGCGGGACGAGGCCGGCGCUGCCGCCGACGCCAGAGAUGCGACGCGCGGCGGCGGCCGAGGCGGCAGAGCGCCGAAACAGGGUGCUGGAGGGCUGCGGCGCCAACACGCUCGAUCAGACGCAGAUUAGGGACAUUGGGGAGACGGUGCGACGCAACGGGUUCAAGACCCAGGCGGAGGAGGAUAAGGCGAACGAUGUGGCGAUUGCGCAGGCGCUUGCGGAACUCAUGGGGGAGGACCGGGGACCGAGCCGGCAACGGACGUCGCCAGCAAGCUCAAGCAGUGGUCCGGCUAAUCGAAAUGCGCCGGCAGCACGGAGCCGCCUAUUGGCGAUGAUGGAGCAGCAAGGCAGCCUUCGGCGUCGAAAUGAGAACGUUGCCGCCAGUAGCGGGAGCAGUGGUGGCUCCGCGGGCUGGGCGUGUUCGGUGUGCACGUUGCAUAACCCGGGAGGCUAUCUUUGCUGCGAUGCGUGCCAAAGUGAGCGCAAGGACAUACCGGUAAUAGACCUCACGUAG